UCCUCCCUCAACAUCCCCAUCCCCCCCCCCCAUCUUCUUCAGGGAAAUCCUGUCCUCUCGUUCAUUUGUAUUUUAUACCACUCCGAUCUCUACAUAUAUUUCUCCUCCUCACCCUCACUGUCGCUUCCUCCAGCAUCUUGAUAUACCCAUCAUCCCCCUCGAUAGUGCAUGAAUCGACUCAGCAGUAGUGAGGUUUCAGAUACGAGCUCCUGCUGCCACCACCCGCAUCACCCGACGUCUACGAAAAUUGUACUGUACGAUACGAUCGAAACGACAUUUCUUUGUUCCCUUGAAACGCUGCGUCAUUUGGCCUGCCAUUGCCAUUGCCAUUAUUCACGAACAUACACACACAUCUCGACUUUGCCUGCUGAAGGAAGGAAGGAAGAGAGAUAGAAAGAGACGAAGGAAGCGUCAGCUUACAACUUUUGCUUUCAGGCAGAGUCAGCAACCACCGAUAUAUCUAGGACUCGAACCACGACCUCCUGGCAAGGCCUCUGGCCACACAUACACUCGUUACCAUGCGCGCGGCGUUUGAGGAGCUUCUCCGGCGGACGGAGGGCUCAGACGAACUGCUCGAGCUCUUAAAAAAACCAUUCAGCUCUAAUUUCCAACAAAACUCGAUAUGGGCGUCCUUCGGCACCUCCAUCGGCUUCACAGUCCUCAUCGCAGUCGCCUUCUCCCUCCUGCGACCCUACAACUCCGUCGUCUACGCCCCGAAGCUUAAACAUGCGGACGAAGCACAUGCACCCCCGCCGAUGGGGAAGGGCAUUCUGGCAUGGCUGGGGCCGGUGAUAAAGACGCAGGAGCAGGAUCUGAUCAGACACAUGGGCCUGGACGCUGCGGUCUUCCUGCGCUUCACCCGCAUGUGCCGCAACAUCUUCCUCAGUAUAUCCGUCAUCGGCUGUGCGAUCCUCAUCCCGAUCAACCUGCGCAAAGGCACUGGCUCAUCCUUCGUCGAGAAGCUGACCCCGCUCAGUACGUCCGGUUCGCCCACCUGGGCACAAGUCGUGUGCGCCUACCUCUUCAACGUCGUUGUGUCAGGCUUCCUGUGGUUCAACUACCGAAAGAUCGUGCAGCUGCGCAGGCAGUACUAUGAUAGCCCGGAGUACCUGGCAAGUCUGCACGCGCGGACGCUGAUGAUCAACGAUAUUCCGAAGGCGUAUUGCACAGAUGAGGGUAUUGGCCGUCUUAUUGACGAGGUGGUGCCGACGUCGUCGUUCUCGCGCACGGCUAUUGCCCGUAACGUCAAGGACCUGCCCGAUCUGAUCGCACAGCACGAGGGCACCGUCCGAAAGCUCGAGAAGCACCUCGCCAAGUACCUGAAGAACCCGGAUCAGCUUCCUCCUGCGCGACCAACCUGCGAUCCCUCGAAGAAGGACCCCUCGUAUGGCUCUUAUGCUAAGGGCCAGAAGGUCGAUGCGAUUGAGUACCUCACGGGCCGCAUCCGCGAUCUAGAGAUGGAGAUCAAGGACGUGAGGCUAGGUGUUGAUAAGAGGAACGCUAUGCCUUAUGGUUUUGCCAGUUACGAGGAUAUCGGAGAGGCCCACACCAUUGCGUAUGCAGCUCGCAAGAAGCAUCCUCAUGGCACCACGAUUGUGCUUGCGCCCCGCCCUAAUGACAUUAUUUGGCAGAACAUGCACCUAGACCAGAAGACGAGACGUUGGAGACGCAUUGUCAACAACUUGUGGGUUAUCCUCUUGACUCUCCUGUGGAUCGGGCCCAACGCCAUGAUAUCCAUCUUCCUCGUCAAUUUGGCGAACCUGGGCCGCGUGUGGAAGAAUUUCCAGGCCUCCCUGGAUGCAAACACGACCAUCUGGUCCAUCGUACAGGGUGUAGCUUCCCCAGCUGUAACGUCGCUCAUUUACCUCGUCCUACCCAUCAUUUUCCGCCGACUAUCGAUGCGUGCGGGUGACCGCACCAAGUCCGCCCGCGAGCGCAACGUCACGGGCAAGCUGUACACGUUCUUCGUGUUCAACAAUCUGAUCAUCUUCUCGGCGUUCAGCACGGUGUGGACAUUCGUCAGCGCUGUGGUUGAGAAGACGGGUAAAGGCCAGGACGCAUGGAAGGUCAUCCAGGAGGAGGACAUUGCGCGUGUGCUGUUCACUUCGCUAUGCAACAUCUCGCCCUUCUGGGUGACCUGGUUGCUGCAGCGUAACCUCGGUGCCGCCAUUGAUCUCGCCCAGCUGUGGACGCUGUUCUGGAGCUCUUGCGUGCGCAAGUUCUCGAGCCCGACGCCCCGCGAGCUGAUCGAGCUUACUGCACCACCAGCAUUUGACUACGCCGCCUACUACAACUACUUCCUCUUCUACUCAACCGUCACACUCACCUUUGCGACGAUUCAGCCCCUUGUCCUCCCAGCCGCCGCCCUCUACUUUACCAUCGACGUCUACUUGAAGAAAUACCUCCUCCUCUACAUCUUCGUAACCAAAACCGAAUCCGGCGGCAUGUUCUGGCGCGUCCUCUUCAACCGCAUGGUCUUCGCCUCCAUCCUCGCCAACCUCGUCGUCUUCCUCGCCGUCUGGGUGCAGGGCGACCACACUCACAUCCAAGCCUUCGCCGUGGUCCCCCUCCCCUUCCUCAUGGUCGCCUUCAAGAUCUACUGCAGGCGAGCCUUCGACAAGAAAACACACUACUACUCCCUCCGCGCCGUCGGCCGCCACGGCGACGACACCGCCGCCGCACCGCUCAAGAACUCGCGCAAGGCUGACCGCCUCGCUUCCCGCUUCGGUCACCCGGCGUUGUAUAAACCACUCACCACACCUAUGGUGCACGCGCGCGCACAGAGCAUAUUGGCAUCCAUAUACAGCGGCCGCCUUUCCAACCCCAACAACCCCGACGCACACGACAUCGCCUCCGUCAGCGGCUACAGCGACACCUUCACGCUAUCCACCAUGAAGUCCCCCCACGGCGGUGCUCCCGGUAAACUCCAACAAAACAUCAUCCCAGGCUUCGAAGUCGUGCCCGAAUCCCAGCUCGACUUCUCGUUCUACAAGAACCGCGCUGAGUUCGGAGACGAUCACGGCGCAGGGGAUAUCUUCACCAGGACACCCAAUCCGUAUGACCGCCCCGGGACCGCGGAUACGUAUCGCUACACCGCUUCCUCCCCAGGUAGCUCCCGCGCAGGUAGCCCCGCCCCGCCGAUGCCGGGGGUGCCGAGUCAGUAUUCUCGCACCCCCCUCGGUGGUGGGGAUUCGCGGUAUAACACCUCCAGUCCGCCGCCGCCGUUCUCAAGCCGCUACAACACCUCCUCCCCUCCCCCUCCCUUCUCAGCUGGGGGGGUGGGACGCGAGAGUCCGUAUAGUGCACCCAUCCACCCUGCUUUCCGCAAUGAUGACCGCAGACGGGGGAGCGGGAGUCAGACGCGGGAGAGUCUCGUUAGAGCGGCGGCGGGGAUGCCGGAUAGUGCGCCUGUGAGUGUUGCUGUUCCCCCUGGGUUCUUGGGGGGUGGGCCGCAGGGGUAUGGAGGGUUGCCGCAGGAGGAUGCGGAUGUGGCGGAUGGGAGGGGGGAUUAUGAUUAUUAUCGGGGGAGGAGGGGUGCGCGGUGA